CUGCUACUUAUCAACACCACCACCACCACUACUACCACACCAACAACCCAUCACCCAAUACCUCCUCCCUAACCUUCCUCCCCCCUCUUCCUUACAAAGUGGUGUGAUCCCUCAAAUCCGUCAAAAUGAACAUCGUAGAAUGGGCCUUCGGCAAACGAAUGACACCCGCCGAGCGACUCCGGAAGCACCAACGCGCGCUGGACCGAACGCAGCGGGAGCUGGACCGCGAGCGGGUGAAGCUCGAGAACCAAGAGAAGAAGCUGGUGCAGGACAUCAAGAAGAGCGCCAAGAAUGGGCAGAUCGGGGCGUGUAAGAUCCAAGCCAAGGACCUGGUGCGCACGCGGCGCUACAUCCAGAAGUUCUACCAGAUGCGCACGCAGCUGCAGGCUAUUUCGUUGCGGAUUCAGACUGUACGGAGUAAUGAGCAGAUGAUGCAGUCGAUGAAAGGGGCGACGAUGUUGCUGGGUAGUAUGAAUCGGCAGAUGAAUCUGCCGGCGUUGCAGCGGAUUGCGAUGGAGUUCGAGCGGGAGAAUGAUAUUAUGGAUCAGCGGCAGGAGAUGAUGGAUGAUGCUAUUGAUGAGGCGACGGGGAUGGAGGGCGAGGAGGAGGAUAGUGAGGAUAUCGUCAAGGAGGUGCUGGAUGAGAUCGGUGUCGACCUUAGCCAGGCGCUGGGCGAGACGCCGACGGAUAUACAAAAGACGGCGGUGGGUGAGGCUAGAGUGGCCCAGCCGGUUGGCGCUGGUGGAAACGCAAGUGAUGAUGACCUACAGGCGAGACUGGAUAGUCUUCGUCGCUGAUGACAUAGAACGAGCCGCUACGAAUGUCUCGUUUCUUCUUCGUAUACCUUAUAUCUUUCUUCCCUUUUUUCUUGCGCUGUCAUUAUCUUUGUGGCUAGGGGUUUCUGGUAUUGGGCAUAAUGCAUUAUCGUCUCUGGGGUUAGCCUUGCACGUCUACAAUCAUAACCAUUUCACACCUCCCAUAGCAACCAGUUUUGCUUCCACCAAGCCAGGCACGUCGACCACACCAGAAACACCACUACACUGGCUUCGAAUGCUUUUUGUUUGUGAUUUACAAACCGAUAUGAUAGCAGUUCCCUGAAUCCAGAGGGAAACCACAUGCUUCGCAACACAGGACCACAAAUCAUCAAGAAAUGCCUGCAGGGGGAUGAUCUACACAGAUACCUUUCUCGGUU